GAGUAAUCAUUAUGAGUCUGAACACAUGAUCACUGAAUGUUAGUCUCCAAAAUAAUAAGCUAACACAAGCAAACACAGCUUUCAGCUCUUAUUUUGAAACUUCUUUAGAGAGCUGUGAUGUGAGCGUGCCUGGCUCUGAGGCACUUGGGUCAGCCUCUGUUGUUUAGAAGUGUUAACCAUAGAGUUAACCAUAAAGCACACCCCUCCUCCCCUUUUCUUGCCUUAGUCCUUCGUUCGGUCUCUCCGGUAAACAGUGAAUCCAUCCGGCGUGAUGGCACAGUCGGGGACGUUGGGCUCCAGCCAUGUCUCUGUGAAGGCCAGAACACAGCAGUCCCUGAUGUCUUGUUGGGGUUUAAUCCGAGCUCGUCAAGUUUGUUGUCAAGAGACUGGAGAUUCACGAGCAGGAUGCUGGGCAGAGGUGGUUUGCUGUUUCUCUGAAAGGCCGUUAAACAUGACACUCUCACACAUGCUCAGUAGUUUUCCUCACAGCAUCCAACAGUUACAGUUUCUCAGCAGAUGUCAAGUUAAUUGUCUGUGAAGCCAUUUAUUUCUUUAAAAGUCUGAACACUGUACACAUUUCACAGCAGUCAUUGUGUAAACAGCUGGAACCUGAAAGUCCACCACGAGUUUCUCUUUCUUUAAAUUAGAGGUUUUGUUAAAACUCAUCAUUCACUUCCUGACUCCACCAAACAGCUGCUGAGAUGACAACGAUACAGGUCAAGAAAUGUCAUCAUCUCAGAGUUCCUCACCUGCUUCCAUCAUGUCCAUCACGAAGAUCCCAGUAGAAGCUGAAUGCAUGAAGGUCAAUUUGUAAAGUAAAAUUAAAACUGAAGGCUCUGCCUCCCAUUCUACUUGUGAAGAUGAUGUCAGAUUUUUUCUAAACCUUUAAAUGUUACAGUGUUUCAAUUUAGUUCAGUUUUAUUUAAACAGUGCACCUCAAGGUGUUUUGAACAUCACUACUGGGCAGUAAUGCAACCUUGGUCUGCUCACCAUCAUGACCCGACACACAGUCCUGGAGAGGAAUUGCAACUCCCGAUAAUAUCGUCCGUGGCUCUUCCCACUGCAGGAAGCAACAGUUUGAUACCAGUUAUAAAUACAAAUCAAAUCAUUAAAAAUAAUAUCAAACUUUCCCUCCUUCAUACCAAACUUGUCACUUUCCCUUCAGGAACCUAAAAAGAGUCCAAAUUGACCUGGACUGGUGGGCAGGUGCUGGGUUCAAACUAGAUGGAGGCUAAAUGUAGUCUUAAGAAACUGAUCAGACACAAAUCUUAAAACCAGUCCUUUUGUUUUAUACUUGCUUCAUGGAUUUAGUAGUAAUGUGGCAGCUGUGAAAGACAGCACAGAGGCACUAAUCAUGGCAGCACAGGAACAAGCUCUGAGCACAAGAUCCAUGGAGGCUGGGGUCUAUCACACCAGGUAAGACCACAGGUGCAGGAUGUGUAAAGAUGCCCCUGAGACAAUCCAGCACAUAACAGCAGGGUGCAAGAUGCUAGCAGGCAGAAUGAUUGCACUGGGAUCCUGUGAGACUUCUAGAUACAGAAGGACAAACUGGUGAUGGUAACCAGCUGGACAUAGUGAUGGAUAUAGCUAUACCAAGCAGCAGACUUUAUAUUGUAUAUCCUGCCAUAAAUUGUGUAUGGUAUGAUUUAUUAAGGUAUGAUGGAGUGCCUUCUUUCACAUUCAGACAUGGAUUGAUCUUGAGCUAGGCGGAUGCCGGCCCCCAGUCUGCAUAUUGCCUGGUUCAUAGAGUUCAGAGCUAUAAUACAGAGUUCCAAUGUGGAGAGUCUUCAGUCUGUAUCAACCUCAGCACCACCAAAACUGGUCUAUUUCAGACACACAGAUGUUUAAACCUUUGGUCUGUUAAGCUUGGCCUUCAGCAGGAACCAAAGGCAGUGAUAAGCACCCGCUUUACACGUGUAGCUGUACAUGGGUCUGCAGCAGAGUCCCUCUGUGCUGGUCCUGGGCUUUCUGUUCAAACUUAAACAUUUAGAUCCUGAACGACCUUGUGUGUCCUUGCUUGAACGGCCAUUUGUAUCAGUUAGUGGGACUGAAGGCAAAGGAUUAUAAUGAAAUUUAUUUUGAAUUAUUGAUAAUUAUGUGAUUCUCAAACCAGAAACCCUGGAUGACCAGCCAGAUCCGCACACUUCUCAAAGCCCGGGAUGCUGCCUUCAGGUCGGGCGACUGAGUUCUGUACAGGUCUGCUCAACCCGAUCUGAAAGAAGCUAAGACGGACCAUAAAAGUAGCAUAGAGUCCCACCUGUCCAGCAACAACACACGGGGGGUGUGGUUGGGCAUACAAGACAUCCUAAACCACAGAGGCUGCACUGUGAAAACAGGAAACUUAAGUGCGCCACUGCUGAAGGAGAUAAACACUGGAAGUAGAAGUACUGAGCAUCUCCAUCAUAGUCAGCAUUGGCAGUGAAAACAGCUCAGUUGAUCAUCAUGUGAAUGCAGAGAAGCAGGAAAGGAGGAGGGCUGAAACUGCACGUCUCACCAAUCACCAGGAUUCAGCUUACAUUCAAUGAUGGCAUGAGCAGGGGUCUGAUCACUGCAGGUUACCAGAAGAUUAACAAGAACCUCAAUGCCGGAACAAGCGGAGACUACAUCUACCUGUGGUACUACAGAGGUAAGUCAGAGUACGAUGUUCCCAUUGUGAACCUUCAUGUCUCUAUAGGAGCAAGAGAGGAAGCCCAGAUGUUUGCAUUUGGAUGGGAGAGACUGGCCUGUGAUCUGAACCGGAAAGCUAGAGGAAAAUGGAUCUACCUGUGGGUGAAGAGGGAGAGACCAACCUACAUCUGUGACAUCACUGCCAAUGCUGACUAUGAUGGAGAUGCUGACUACUUCCAGAACGGCUACAUCAGAGUGGAUGAAGAUACCAACAGAGGCGCAGGAGGAUCCUUUGUCUUCAUCUGGUACCGUCAGACCACUAACUCUCAAAGAGCCAUCACAGAUCUGCAGAUCUCCACUGAUGAUAUAGACGAGAUGUUGUUUCAGUAUAUGGGCUUUACAAGGGUAACUACUGAUCUAAGCAAGGGGGCAGGAGGAAGUUACGUGUACCUGUGGUACAAGAAAGACUCCGGUCUUCCCAUUUGGGCGGUUUCUGUGAUCGUCAACACAGCAGCUGUGGAGCAGUACAGAUAUCCCAGGGUCUUCAUUAGACAAAGACACCUCAACAGUGGGAACAAAGGUAAUACGCUGUACCUGACCUUCAGUUCGUUUUAGUAACAGAGCUGGGAAUGCUCACUGGGCAGAAACCAAAGAGUCUAUGGUGUUCCUGUUUAACCAGUUUGAUUGUUUUUCUUUCCUUUCUGAAAUGAUGUUCACCCACUGUGAUCUCAGAUCUUUGACUCCAACAAUGAUCAUUGAUCCUACAAUCAAUCUGUUUGAUUAGCUCUGUCUCACUGUAUUCUGAUGAUUGUCUCUGUUUCAAUAAAGUCUGUUCAGCAUAUGAAA